AUGCAGGCCAAGAAGCGGUACCUGCUCGUGUCUGUGGUGGCCGGUCUACUCUUCCUCAUCUACCUGUGGGGUCUGCAAAUCGAAGAGUUCCCCCAGCAGCAGCAGCAGCCGUACCAGUAUCCACAAACUCCUCAGCAUUAUCAGCACCACCAGCAGGACCAGUACUACCACCAGAGGCAGCAGGACGUGCACCAGCCUCAGCCUCUGCCCCAGAGACUCCCGUCCAGACCGUCCAGACACUGGCCCGAGUCGACCGAGCUGCUGGAGCCAUAUCUGGAGGGAGGAGAGCAGGAGGAGGACAGUCCUCAGCUCCAUCACCAGCACACCUCUCCUCGGGAGCGACGUGCAAUCCGCGACAACAUCUACAAGAACAAGCGUUGCCGCAUGGAAACCUGCUUCGACUUCGCACGCUGCCAGUCGGGCUUCAGGGUUUACAUCUACCCUCCACAGAGAGGGGACACGAUCUCCGAGACCUACCAGAAGAUCCUGUCCUCUAUCGAGGAGUCUCGCUUCCGUACAACGGACCCUUCACGGGCCUGCCUGUUCAUUCUGGCCGUGGACACGUUGGACAGGGACCAGCUCUCGGUUCAGUACGUCCAGAAUGUUAGAACCCGCAUCCACAACCUGCCGACGUGGAACGAUGGCAGGAACCACCUCAUAUUCAACCUGUACUCUGGCACCUGGCCCGACUACACGGAGGAUCUGGGGUUUGAGGUGGGCCAAGCCAUGCUGGCCAAGGCCAGUGCAGACGUGGCCAACUUCCGGCCCAACUUUGACAUUUCUAUCCCCCUGUUCUCCAAAGAUCACCCACUGAAAGAAGGGGCCACGGGUUAUCUGACACUGAAUGAUGCCCCGCCUUCCAGGAAGUACCAGCUGGUUUUCAAAGGGAAGCGCUACCUGACCGGUAUCGGCUCAGAGACGAGGAACGCUCUCUAUCAUGUCCACAAUGGGGACGACGUUCUUCUGCUGACCACAUGCAAACAUGGCAAAGAAUGGGAAAAACACAAGGACUCGCGCUGCGACAGAGACAACAAAGACUACUCCAAGUUCGAUUAUCAGCAGCUGCUCCACAACUCCAGUUUCUGCCUGGUGCCGCGGGGCCGGCGUCUGGGAUCGUUCCGCUUCCUGGAAGCUUUACAGGCCGCCUGCAUUCCAGUGAUUCUGAGUAACGGCUGGGAGCUGCCCUUCUCCGAAGUGAUCGACUGGAGGAAAGCCGCCAUCAUUGGGGAUGAGAGAUUGCUGUUACAGGUUCCUUCCAUUACUCGAUCUGUGGGCCGUGACAGGAUGCUGGCUCUCCGCCAGCAGACCCAGUUCCUGUGGGACGCCUACUUCUCCUCCGUCGCCAAAAUAGUCCUAACGACUCUGGAGAUCAUUCAGGACCGUGUGGAGUCCCAUGUGUCCAGAAACCACCUGCUGUGGAACUCGUUACCUGGCGGUCUCUACGCCCUCCCACAGUACUCCGCCGACCCGGCUCAGUUCCCGUUUUACUAUGCCAUACUGGGUAAAAGCCCGUCGCAGCAGUUCACAGCUGUGAUCCACACCGUCUCUCCUCUGCAGUCCCAGAUCUCUCCUGUGGUGAAGCUCAUCAUAGCUGUAGCCAAGUCCAAGUUCUGUGCACAGAUCGUGGUUUUAUGGACCUGUGAGACGCCGUUACCUCCUAGACAUAAGUGGCCCUCCACCAGCGUGCCUCUCUCUGUCAUCCAAGGACAGACCAAGACGAUGAGCAGUCGUUUUCUCCCCCACGACAUCAUCGCCACGGACGCCGUUCUCAGUCUGGAUGAAGACUCUGUUCUCUCAACCAAUGAGGUGGAUUUUGCUUUCAUUGUAUGGCAAAGUUUUCCAGAGCGAAUUGUCGGUUAUCCAGCAAGGAGCCACUACUGGGACAGUUCCAGGUCACGCUGGGGCUACACCUCCAAGUGGACUAAUGACUACUCCAUGGUCCUUACAGGAGCAGCUUUUUACCACAGAUACUACCACUACCUGUUCACUCACUACGUCCCAGCCAGCCUGCUGACCAUGGUGGACCACAUGGCUAACUGUGAGGACAUCCUGAUGAACUUCCUGGUUUCAGCCGUCACCAAACAGCCGCCGAUCAAAGUCACACAGAAGAAGCAGUACAAGGAAACCAUGAUGACCCAGGGCUCCAAGGCGUCUCGUUGGGCCGACCCAGACCAUUUCACACAGCGACAGACCUGCAUGAACGUCUUCAGUCGGUGGCUGGGAUUCAUGCCUCUGGUGCACUCCCAGAUGAGACUGGACCCGGUUCUGUUCAGGGACCAGGUUUCAAUCCUGAGGAAGAAGUACAGAGACAUUGAGAGGCUUUGAACGAGACCCGAUAGGUACACUAAAGUUUUAAAUCAAAAGGGU